AUGGGCUUCCUCAAAUCUUUGAUAGCCUCUCCAGAGGUCAACCCUACCAACCGCAAAGCACUCUCCAUCCCGCUCCUAAACCCUUUUGAUACCUAUGGGCGGGUCUUUUUCUUUUCAUGGUUCGGGUUCAUGCUUGCAUUCCUCUCGUGGUAUGCCUUUCCUCCACUAUUGACUGUUACUAUCCGCGAGGACUUGCACAUGUCUCAGACACAAAUCGCAAACUCCAACAUCAUUGCCCUACUAGCCACAUUACUGGUCCGGUUUAUUUGUGGUCCACUAUGCGAUCGUUUUGGUCCACGUCUGGUCUUCAUUGGCUUGCUACUCGUCGGCUCUAUUCCUACCGCCAUGUCUGGCCUGGUUACCUCUCCUGAAGGUCUCAUUGCCUUGAGGUUCUUCAUUGGGAUCCUUGGUGGCACUUUUGUUCCUUGCCAAGUCUGGUGCACUGGGUUCUUUGACAAGAAGGUCGUGGGGACAGCCAACUCUUUGGCCGCCGGUUUAGGAAAUGCUGGUGGCGGUAUAACCUACUUUGUUAUGCCUGCCAUCUACGACUCUCUCGUCAAAGAUCAAGGCCUUGCCCCACACAAGGCGUGGCGAGUUGCCUACAUCGUCCCGUUUAUUCUGAUUGUUGUUGCCGCCCUGGGUAUGCUGUUUACAUGUGAGGACACGCCUACAGGAAAAUGGUCAGAACGUCAUAUCUGGGCCAAGGACCCAAACCAGUCUCAAGGCAACAUUGUCGAUCUCAGCUCUGGCAACCAGUCCACACGACCCUCCGGACCGCCCUCGAUCAUCGCCAACGUCAUGGCAGAUGUGGAGAAGAAGGGUGCCCAAACCCCAAUGGAGGCCUCCGAUGGUGUCCAGGUCAUGGGCCAGCUCGAUACCCUCCGAACCGACGCUGUCGCUGCCCCUUCGCGCAAGGAAGCCAUGAAUGUGGUUCUCAGCUUAGCGAGCCUGGCUGUUGCCAUCCCCUAUGCCUGCUCCUUUGGGGCUGAGCUGGCUAUCAACUCCAUCCUCGGUGACUACUACGAUAAGAACUUUCCAUACAUGGGACAGACCCAGACAGGCAGAUGGGCUGCUAUGUUUGGUUUCCUCAAUGUUAUCUGCCGCCCUGCCGGUGGCUUCCUCGCUGAUGUUCUCUACCACUACACCAAGACGACAUGGUCAAAGAAGAUCCUUCUCUCCUUCCUCGGAGUUGUCAUGGGAGCCUUCAUGCUUGCCAUGGGCCUCUCGGAUCCAAAGUCCGAGGCCACCAUGUUUGGACUCACUGCCGGGCUUGCCUUCUUUCUCGAGGCCGGCAACGGCGUUAUCUUCGCCCUUGUGCCUCAUGUCCACCCAUUCGCAAAUGGCAUCGUUUCCGGCAUGGUUGGAGGCUUCGGGAACCUGGGCGGCAUCAUCUUCGCCAUCAUCUUCCGCUACAGCCACCACGACUACGCGCGCGGUAUCUGGAUUCUUGGUGCAAUCUCCAUUGGAGCUCACCUCGCAGUUGCAUGGAUCAGACCCGUGCCGAAGAACCAGAUGCGCGAGUAG